UAAAUGGCUUUUAACGGGCACAUCUAAAAAAUCCAUUGCAUCGUUUUCCAGGUUUGGUUAAAAGAAGAAAAAACGAAUUCAGCAGAAAAAAACACCCUUUCUUCAUCUUGCAAGGAGUUAUUUUUAAAGAAUAGGCCACUGCCUGACGCCACCUACACUUUGCAGAAGAAUUUUCAGUCUCCGUCGUAUAAAGUGUUCUGUCACAUGACAGAUAUCUCAGGAUGUGGGGGUGGGGGUUGGACACUAGUCAUGAAGGCUGAUGGGAAAAAGGAUACAUUUAUCUAUGGUUCUUCCCUGUGGACAAACAACGAGACAUACGCGAUACAAGAUGGUCUGGAAGGACUGACAGAGAAAGAAAGCAAGUUGGCUUCGUACUGGAAUACUCCGUUCACAAAGAUAUGCCUGGGUAUGUUGUAUAACGGAGACAGAAAAUGGAUGCGCUUAAACUACAACGCAAGUUCGCUGUACGGCGCGAUCGCAGACGGCCAAUUCAGGGCAACGACCGCCGGCAGAGCUGCAUGGAAAUCCCUGAUCGCGGAGUCCUCACUACAGUUGAACUGCAACAAGGAAGGGUUUAAUGUACUCCGUGUAACCAACAAUAAAAUCCGUAUUGGUAUCGUUGCAAAUGAACAAAAUAAUUGUAACUCGUGCGAUUCGUGGCUUGGAUUUGGAACAACGAUCAAUGGGAAGACUUGUGGUAAUUUCGCCGUCCACUCACCGGAUAACGGUGACAAAGAUUUAGUGACAUUUGCAUAUAUUCUCGUUCAAUAGUUAUCUAAAAUACUUUGCGUAUUUCUUGAGUCUCGUCUCAAUUCAGAAAAUACCAGGCACUCGGAUUACGACACGACAAAGAAAUACGUAGCUAACU